GUCGCUCGUUGAGAACAUACAAAGUGAACAUCAAAACUUGUCCCUCUGAAAGAUACCAGUAAUUAGUUGAAUCACGAAGAAAAAUAAAGUUGAGCAGUGCGGGUAUACAAGAAGAUUAUUGCGCUGAGUAAGUUGUGAAAGGGCAAAAUCUUGAUUAGGAGAGAGUCGAUAGAAAGUAACCGGAACUUGUUCUUGAAGAGCGAUCCGUGCAACAAAUGUUAAAAAAAAUGAAGCAGCAUUAAAAAGUGCAUGAGUAUCAAUGUGAUAUCUGCGAACAAAGCUUCAGUUUGGUGAUAGAUUUCAUAAAGCACCUCAAAGAGGACUAGUAACGUGACAAAAACAAGUGCAGCCAUUGCAACUAGGAAUCCAACGGAGGAUCUGGAGAGCCACAUACGUGACCAUUCUAACAACUAAGAGAAAAGCAAUAUUAUGAAUCCGGAACCAUCUUUGGAGAAUGAUUCGUCUGGCAGACAUUCCAGCAGAAGCAGCAGCAUUGAAAAAUGCGAGAUUAUAUUUUACGAAUGUAAUAUUUGCAACCAAAGGUUUUAUAAAAACUAUGAGUUGACAUAUCACUACAUGAUGGUCCACAAACGUUUAAGGUAUAAAUGCGAAUGUUGUAACUACGAAACCGACGGAAAGCGCAACUUGCAAGUUCAUUUUAAAAGAAUACAUAUGAACAAUUACGACUACACAUGUCCUCAGCAAGGCUGUAACUGGGCGUUCAAAGUGCAAAUGGAUUUGAAGAAUCAUAUAAAGAGAAUUCAUUCUAACAAACAAAAGAAAAGCAAUAGUGCGGACUCGGGGUUGUCUUUGGAGAAUAAUCCGUGUGGCGAACAUUCCAGCAAAAACGGUAACAAUGCAAUAUACAGAAGAGCUCCUAAGUUAUGUCAAAUCUGCAAUCAAAGGUUCGGUAAGAGCCAUGAGAUGAUAUAUCACUUCAUGAAUGUCCACGGACGUCAGUUGUACAGCUGCAAUCGUUGCAUCUAUGAAACCAACCACAAAAGCAAUUAUCGACUUCAUAUUAUGCGAAUGCACGAGAACAAUUACGAUUACAAAUGUCUUGAGUCCGGCUGUGAACGGAAGUUCAAAAUGCAAAUGGAUCUGAAGCGCCACGUGCGAGAUAUUCAUUUUAACAAACAAGAGAAAAGCAAUAGUGCGGACUCGGGAUUGUCUUUGCAGAAUAAUUCGUGUGGCGAACAUUCCAGCAAAAGCGGUAACAAUGAAAUAUACAAAAAAGAUUCUGAACAAUGCUAAAUCUGCAAUCAAAGAUUUCGUAGGGAACAAGAGUUGAUACAUCACCUCAUGAAGGUCCACGGACGUCAGUUGUACAGCUGCAAUCGUUGCAUCUACGAAACCAACUCCAAAAGCAAUUAACGACUUCAUAUUAUACGAAUGCACGAGAACAAUUACGAUUACAAAUGUCCUGAGCUCGGCUGUAAACGGAAGUUCAAAAUGCAGAUGGAUCUGAAGACCCAUAUACGACAUGCUCAUUCUAACAAAUAAAAGAAAAACAAUAAUAUGAAUCCGGGACAGUCUUUGGAUAGUUAUUCGUGUGGCAAACAUUCCAGCAGAAAUGGUAGCAAUGAAAUAUAAACAAAAAAGAUUCUAAACAAUGCUAAAUCUGCAAUCAAAGAUUUCGUAGGGAACAAGAGUUGAUACAUCACUUAAUGAUACCCACGGACGAUAUUUAAGUGCAGCGAUUGUGACUACGGACCCAAUGAAAAGGGCGACCUUCAAAAACACAUUGCACAUGUGCAUAAUAACGAUUAUGUGUGUAAUGAGCUCAGCUAUAACAUGAAAUAUCAAACGCAGAAGCGUCUGGAGAGAUACACGCAACAUAUUCAUCUCAAUAAUCAGAAGAUAAGCAGUAGUGCCGAUUCGGGACCGUCUUCGGAGAGUGUCCAGUGCGGCAAACAUUCCAGAGGAAGGAGCAAUAUUGAAAAUAGCAUAUAUGCGCCUCACCAAUAUAAAAGUUACAACUAAAGUUUCAAUAGGAAGAAAGAUUUGAAAUAUUAUCACCGGAAGAUCGGACAUUCCGAUAAUCCGGAAGACCGGAUUAUCACGGACAUCGUACGUACAACUGCAACGAUUGCAAUCAUAUAUCUAAUAGGAAACAGCACUUGCCAUAUCACACUGCAUGAAAGCACACACAUAACUAUGACUAGGUGUGUAAUAAGGAAGGCUGUCAGAACAAGAAGUUUAAACUCGAGUAAGAUCUGAAGAAAAAUGUAAAGUAUGAUCUUCUUCUUCUUCUUCUUCUUCUUGUGAUAAGUUGCGAAGCCUGUACUUGGUAUGAUUACUCGAAUAACUUCUACUAGUGUCGAAAAUAUAGUCAUGUAAGCUUUAGUUUUGUAAAGUAUACGAGAUACACAGAUGUGCGGAGCAAUCCAAAGGUAACCUGUUCAACCUGUGAUAAGGUCAUACGCAAGUAAAAGUUAUUUCAUCAUUUACAGAUAUAUGCUGAAGCGACAAUUGCUUGUCCUGUCUGCAAUAAGAUGUUUAGUAGAAACAGUAACAUGCUGAAUUCAUGCGUUGGAUCACACGGUACAAAAAUCGUACAGUUGCAAGUUGUGCAGUAUAGCUUUUAUCCAGCGGCUGUUUUUCCGUAGUUAUAUGAAAAAGGAACAUUCCGAUUCAUUUCCGAUCGAAUAAAGAGCGUCGAUAUCGAAAGCAUUGUGGUAAAAUUUUUGGAAGGACAAGAGACAAAUAAACUGUCGAAUCAAGCGUAAAGAAAGUAGAAGAAGCACGUAAUGAAACAGUUUAUGCAUAAGUUUACAUAUACUCCCACACACAUACAUACACAUGUACACAUAUGCACACACAUGCACACACACACACACACACACACACACACACACACACACACACAUAGAUGCGCUCAAACCUAUAGGGUCAAUUAUACUUACGCUUAACGCGCACACACAAUUUUUGUGCUUAAUAAACAUAAUCAAAGUAGAUUUCUUUAUGGAGUUAUAUUCAUAGCAUAUUUUAAAUUGUGUUUUUUAUCCGUGGACAUUUGUCCACAAUAAUUUUAUAUUUUCUAUAUUUUUUUACGUAUAUGCGAGUGUGUGAGGAUAUGCGUGCACGUGCUUGUACAUGUACACACGCAUAUACGCACACAUAUGCUCACACCCAAUUUUCUGUGUAGAUUACAAAAACGCUACAGGAAAGAAUUGAUUCAUCACUAUAUGAUGUACGUCGUAGAUAUGUGUUUUGCUUACAUGUUGAACGAAACAUAACGUAAAAAUUUUAUUUUUCUAUAGUAACAUAGAAAAUAAUA